AUGAUAGAAAGCAAGUUGCCUGCAGGAUACGGAAACAUUACACCAACAUCGCCGGCAGCACAACUUUUUUGUAUAGCAUUCUCCAUAUUUGGCAUACCGAUGACUCUAUUAACUUUAGCUAAUCUCGGCAAAUAUCUUACAAAAGGAUACUGGAUGGCAUUGGCUUGCGUGGGCCAGGAAAUGCGUUGGCGACCAUGCGAAAAUGCUAAAAUGCCAUUACCGACUCUUCUCGUACUGUUCUUGCUCACAUUCGCAUUUGGCUCACUGUUAUUCUACCAAAAAGGCAAAGGUUUCUCUGUGGAUGAUGUUUACUUCAGCAUUAUUAGUUUUGCAACUGUUGGAUUCGGUGACAAAUUUCCAACAGCAGAUGAUCCGUUACGUUUAAUAGCGAUGGUUUGUUACCUGGUAUGGGGUAUGAUUUUAAUGACAACCACAUUCUCCAAUGUAAGCAGCUAUCUCAGGACGGUAUGCUUUCAGUUAUAA